CUAAAUGGCUUAACUCGCCAAUAUUUAGUCGCACGCCUAACGUUGACAUUCAUUGUUGUGUUGUGAAACUUAAACGCUUAAAAACACAAUAGCCGCCAAAACGAAAAGAAAAAAAAAAUAAUUGAAGAAAAUAAACAUUAAUUUUUGUACGGCCGGAUACAAUUGGAAAUUGUUGAUUAACCAACGACAGUAAAAAAUAAAAGAAACCAAACGAUAACGCUUACAAAAUUUAUUUUUUGGAAUAGUUUAAAAAUAAAAAAACAACAACAAAAAAACAAAAUAAAAAAAUUACUGGAAUCUUCAAAAAAGAAAAAAAAAAGACUUCCAAAAAUGCUUCAAAAUCCCACUACACCGAUUAUUAAGUGAUUACAACCUCACAUACAAAUACACGCAAACACAAAUUAGAUAUUACAACCAAAAUAAAAAUAUAUUUAAAAAAAUAGAGAGAAAAAAAUUAAAUAAUUAAAAAAUAAACAAAAAUAUAUUUACAAUAUAUUGGAAACCCAACAAACAACGUUGAAAAAUAGUACAAAAACAAAAGCUCGACUCUCAGCAUCCAUCACCGAUCAGAAGACAGUCUUUCAAUUGUGUCCCAACGUCCUGUUCGAUUUGCUGCUGCUGCGUUUCGUCAUAAUUCACACCGUUUUGGAUUUUUUGCAAAAAAACCGAACAACUUCAACAGAAAAGAAAAAGAUACCACAGCUACAAUUCUAAAACAGAAAUCCAAUUAGAACAACACCAACAACAAAGAGACCAACUUUGUUAAUCUUAUUUUUGUUUAUUUUUCUUGGGGCUACUGUUUUUGUUGUAAUUACGGAUACAACAACAAGGGUAACCAGUAGCUUUUGCUGAACUACUUAGAAGUGCAACAACUACCAACCAACCAACCAACCAACAACAACAACACACACACACACAAAUCACAAUGGCCUUAGUAAUGAAAUAUAUAAACAUCAUGAACAGAUAUAUGGACACACAUGGCGAUCCCAGAACGAAGGAUUGGCCAAUGAUGUCAUCACCAUUUCCCACAUUAGCUGUAUGUCUCACAUAUGUCUAUUUAGUCAAGGUUUUAGGUCCACGAUGGAUGGAAAAUCGCAAGCCAUUCCGUUUACAAAACACAUUAAUUAUCUACAAUGCAGCACAGGUGAUAUUUAGUGCGUGGAUAUUCUAUGAGAUUGGUAUUUCCGGUUGGCUGACAGGACACUAUAGCUUCCGAUGUCAGCCGGUUGAGUAUAAUAGUAACCCUAGAACGAUAAGGAUGGUCCAUGCUUGUUGGUGGUAUUAUUUCUCCAAAUUCACAGAGUUCAUGGAUACGAUAUUCUUUGUGUUGCGCAAAAAGGAAAGUCAAAUCACCACUCUGCACGUCAUUCAUCACGGCUGUAUGCCCAUGUCUGUGUGGUUCGGCGUUAAAUUCACCCCCGGCGGCCACAGUACCUUCUUCGGUUUGCUCAAUACCUUCGUACACAUUAUUAUGUACACCUACUAUAUGUUCUCGGCCAUGGGUCCACAAUUCCAGAAAUAUUUGUGGUGGAAGAAAUAUUUGACAACUUUGCAAAUGGUGCAAUUCAUUUUGAUCAUGGUCCAUGCCUUCCAAUUGCUGUUCAUCGAAUGUAAUUACCCCAAGGCCUUUGUUUGGUGGAUUGGCAUGCAUGCCGUUAUGUUCUUCUUCUUGUUCAACGAAUUCUACAAACAGGCCUACAAGGGUCGCAAAUCGCAAUACAAGAAUUUAUUAAUGUUCUGCUUGCAGCGUCCCGAAAAGCUAAGGAAGGAAGAUGAACCCCUACUGGCCAACGGCCAUGCCAAUGGCGAUUGCCAGACAACGGAAAAGAAGCUAUUGAAUGGUCAUGCCAAUGGCAAACUCAUGGCCAAUGGCAGCAGCAGUGCGAAAUCCUCGAACGGCUACAGCAGCAGCAACAGCAAUGGUUACAAGAAUGGCGCCGUGCUGGCCAAUGGCGUCAACGGUCACACAACAGAGCUGACGCAGCGAAAGGUGAAAUAAUACAAGGCCAAAAAUGGCAAACGUAAAAUGCUGAAAAAGAAAUUGGACAUUUAAUCGAUAGAAAUCUAAUAGAAACAACAACAACAUAGAGCUGAGAGACCGAUCGCUAGAAAAUCAAUUGGAACUUAAUUGCAAUAAUUCUAAUAUUACAACAACAAAAAGAGAAAAAAAACACAAACACAAAAGUAAAUACAACAACACCUAAAACAAUAACUAUUGUUUUGUAGUCUAGACAAUGAAAACCUAAAACCAAGGGAUCUCCUAACUUCAGUUAUGGCCUGUAACCCGCUCGAGUCUGGCCUGGCUCUGAAGAGUCUAAAAAAUCCCAAGCAAAAAACUUCUACAUUAGCCGAAUAGUUGAGAAGACAAAACAUAACAAGCGUUGUAUUAAACUAAAGAUUUCUAUACAAUUUACAACAACAAAAACAAAAAAACAAACAUUUUGUGAUGUAUUUUCUUUUUAUAAAAAAAAAACAUAUUUUUUGUGUACAUUUUUUCCAAAUAGUUCCGUAACAUUUACAAAAAACAACAACAACAACAAUAUAAUACACGCAGACACACACAAAAAAAACCAUUUUUUCAAGGCAUAAAAGAUUGACAGGACUGGGCUGAAGGAAAACAAACUCCAAAAAGUGAGGUUAUGGCAAUAUUUUUUUUAGAAAAUAAAAAAAAGUAAUUUAAAAUAAAUAUUUGGGAAUUUGUAUUCAGACAAAAUUAAAAGAUAAAUUUUAAACAUAACCCCACUUCUAAUAACUUUGGAAUCCAUUAAUUAGCUCCGUGUCUUUAUUCUUUAGCUCCAAGAAAAUUGGUUGGUUUUCCUAAAAACUCUAAUUCUUUUUCUACGUUGGUCUUAAGUUUCAAAAAUACACACACACACACACAGUUUUAUACAAUGUUAUAUAUACAACUAAUUAUUUUGUUAUAUGUUUUUCAUUCUUUUGUUCUUUACAAAAAAAUUAAGCAGAUAAAAAACCCCAACAAAUCUUUAUAAAAAUUUUGUAGCUUUUUAAAGUAAGUAAAUUAAAAAAAAAAAUAUUCGCUUUAGUUGUACAAAUUAUAAAAACAAAAGAAAAAAACAAAACAAAUUACAAAUACGAGUCGAAGCCGCAAAGAGAAGGUUUAUAUAGUUUAAAAUAUAAAUUAAUUUAAUUAAAAAGAAACAAAAAAAAACACAACAAAUGUAUAAACUAUUUAAUAUAUAAACUUAAAAAAACAAAACAAAAAAUACAUAAUAAUAUUAUUAUAAACAAACUAUAUUUAAAAAACAAACAAAUUAAAUUUAUUGUGAGGUUAUGUUAUUAUAUAUAGGUAAUAAAUAAAUAAAGAGAAAAAUCGUAUCUUUUUUUUAAAUUAAUAAUUUUGUAUAAAAAACCAACAAAAAUGUUAUGUUUAAUUAAAUUAAAACGAGUCAUGCUUUAGCAAAACAACAAAAAAAAAAUAAACGAAAAAAAAACAACAAACCAAUUUGAAUUCAUUUAUUACAAAAAAAAAUCAAAAUUACUUCUCCAAUAUUUGGCACAAAAUGAGAAAACAUUUCCCCUUGCAACUCCCAAAAGCAAGGCAAAUUCAUUUACCAAAUUCCUUAGCAUACCUUCAGGCGUAAA